GACGGUUAGGUUAGGUUAAACGUAUGAAAGUGAAACCACUCUUUUCCAUCGGUUUCGAAGCAUUUUGAAUUGUCAUUGUCAAAAGCUGACAUUUGUCAACGUGAUCCUGAGUUCUGACUCGCAUGGAAAUGGAAUGAUAAUUAUAUUUUGUACAUCUUUGCAAGCGUUCGUGACGCUGAAGAGCCUAGUCAGCCUACUGCCACUGCCCAUUUUGUACAGAUUACCACCUCGUAAUAAUAAUAGCUAAUAAUAGCUUUUCAACAUGCAUUAUCAGCCUUACGAUGGCGAAGAGGAAUUUGAACCGAGAGUCGUACCGAAACCUAUAACUAAACGCGAUUGCUUUGUAGCGCCGACUGUGCCCGAGAUCUCUUUGAUCUUCGAAAAGCCCAUAACGAGGAAGCUAAACGAUGCAAGUGCCGCGUCGUCGCCAGCAAGAUCAGCGAGCGUGGUGCGGGUCUCUGACAAUAAUCCUAUUUCGUGCAAUCCCAACUCUUACGCGGCCUGGAAGGAACAGAAAUACUCUGGAGAGAAUACUUGUGCAAGUACGACGCAUGCUUUGCCAUUGUGUGACAACUCUUAUAGCUAUACGUGUGCGUCGCCAUCAGGCGUACAAAAUCAGGCUUCUGCACAAAAGCGACGAGAGCAAACAGAAACUAGAGAUAAGCAUGAAAACGUGCCGAGUGUUAAUAAGAAUGAUAGAAUGUAUGAGAAAAGUGUAAAGUUUAAAUGUUCUGAUACCAGGGAUUCUUAUAAACUCGAAACGCAGACUCGUUUAUCUUCGAACAAGAGACCCUUGUCUUCCGCGUCUUCCGCGGUACAAAAAACAACUACGAGCGAUACUAUUUCGGAUACUUUGAAACACGCUCAACAUUUUCAGACCCCUGGACAUCAACACGUUCAUAUACCUAGCUACUCAACGUGCAACGUCGACAAUAACGAGACGGUGAAAACUUUGUUGCAGCUUGUAAAUAGUCAAAAUGAACAGAUCAAAAAUUUACAACUCCAGGUAGAUAGACUAGUAAGAUUGCAGGAAGAAAAUUUCAGAAACAAAUCAAUGUGCUUGUGUUCGCAACCUCUUGCAAAUCAAGUAUUCAGAUACCCGAUAACGUGUUAUGACCCUGCCCUUGCUUCGUCCCUCGCGCAGUCUCAUAAUCGAGGUAUAAAGCAAAAUGUGGCCUCGCAGAGUACGUCUGUUGUAGAGAAGCAAGAUCUAGAAAACUUUGGUAAUAAUAAUAAUAAUAAUAAUAAAGUAGAAACAGCGUUGUUGGAACAGCACGCGACAAAGGCUUUUGUGGAACAAAAGGUUUCGAUCGGCGUUAUGACAAGUUUCGAAUUUACCGUGCAAAACAGCCCGUUUCUGAUAGAUUCUGAAAUAUGUGAGAAGAAUCUUGAAGCUCACAGAGAGGGUAACAAUAUUAAUAGAACAAAUACCGUAAAUUUACAUGAUACAGCAGAGCCUGUUAAUAGAUAUAAGAAUACAUUUACGCGCAAGCCUGGAGCAGCGCAAUUAGAGAAUAUAGUCGAAGAUUCGGAGAGUUAUUUGUCCUCUAGCUUGCAACAGCAAAGUAGUACGUUCAACGCGAGUUCUUCCGUCAAAGAAUCUUCAAAGAUGUAUCAACAUCUGUCUACUGAUUUAAAUCGGGAGGAAACGCACAAAGGUAUAUAUACAGGCAUAGGGAAAGACGUGAACGUGGAUAACCGAGUGCGGACGGCGAAGAAACGGCCAAACACAUCUAUGAACGUAGCGUGCAGUCCUCGCGCGAGCGCAACGUGCGGUAAAGCGCACGUUGUCGAACAAACAAACGAUUACGUUAGGAUAGACGGGAAAAAGAGUUAUGAGACAAACAUUGAUCGACAUUCUUUACGUGACGUGCAUUCACCAGCAACUACGGAUUACUAUCAUAAUCAUAGAAACAAAGAGUACGACGCUACGGUUAGACAACGUAAAGACGUAGGUGACAGCAUGAUUUUGAGCGGAGGUGAUCUUAAGAUACUCGAGAGACCUCCACCAACUCCCGAACCAAGUAUUCACGUUGAGAUGCAGGAGUAUACGAGUGACGAUGAGAGUGAUAAGUUGAGGCAUACUUCAAAAAUAGGUUGGACCUUCUACAACAAUGUUUUGGGACAAGUUAAUGAAAUUUUACAAAAUUCUGGCGUUGCAAGCGAUAAAGAUAAAGAUCUAAAUCAUGAUAAAACAGCACGCAACGUUGAACAAGAAAAUGAUACGGAAACUAGAACAGCAUUGAACACUGUUAAAGCGGCCACUUUGGAACAACUUCGGAGACUUGGGAUUAGUCUAACUGAUAACACGGAGCACAGGGAGUCCAAUGGUAACAAGACGUUGGACUUUGAUUCAUCUUUUUAUCCCCGUUUGGAUCAUCAAGCAAAUAUGACACACGCCACUAGCGUUGUAAACGAAACAAAUACGAGUAUGCAUAUGAAAGCGUUGGCAUUAAAGUAUUUAAGUGACGAGCAACUGGCCGAUAUAGCGUGGCAUAAACAAGAAUCAUCUUCAUUGAAACAUCUUAUGCUCAGCAAUAUGCAAGGGACCAAUAUGUCAUUAGCUACAAUGCGUUAUUUAGAAAGAUAUCAACUUCUCCCAGGAAAGAAUAAUGUUCAAGCAGAGAGUACUGAACAAAUAUUUGACAAAGCCUCAUCUAAACACGAUUUUAAACUGGCGGCUGUAAACAAUAGUCCUGCGCUACGUCGAUAUCCUCUUGUACAAACAUCUGGAACCACUUGUCCUAGUAGAAUAUUAGAUCUUUCAACUUUAAAACGACAACCAAAGUUAUUAUAAAUUCUAAAUCAAGUUAUUUAUGAUAUGUACCAUAAAGAGAUAAAUAAUAAGCGAUUUUUAUUAUA